CCCUGCCUGCGCAUUCCCGGCCGACACCACUUCAGCCUCCCCAGGCGCCUGCCAGGCUCCAAAGCCGCCCUGGCCUCUUCCCAACUCCCGGGCCGCUCAGCACUCCGGGCGCCCGCAGAAGGCUCCCUGGACUGCCGGGCCCCAGUGGCACCCCACCCCACGACCCCCCUCACCUGACCCAGUCUCCUGCAUCCCACCCGCACCCACCUCCUGGCUUCUGCUCUCUUGAUCUGUUUUCUCCCCAGCAGCCCACUCCCAGGGAAGCCAGCAGCAUCCCAGAGGUUCCCUUUGCAGCACUGCCCAGGCUCUGGCUGGAGGAGGGACCUCAUCCCCUGCUGUCCCCAGUGCUGAAAGGCCCAAGUCCCAGCUCCCUGGCCCAUGGGGUGCCAUGUGUCCAUCAUGGGUGGUGCCAGUGUCCAUCCAGCACAGGGCCUUUGCUUCCCUGGCGAGGCACAUUGUCCUUUGGCCACCCAACCCCACCUCUGACCUUGCCACCCAGGUACCUGCUGGAGCAGCGCGACGUGGAGGUGAACGUGCGGGACAAGUGGGACAGCACCCCACUGUAUUAUGCCUGCCUGUGUGGGCACGAGGAGCUGGUGCUCUACCUCCUGGCCAAUGGAGCGCGCUGUGAGGCCAACACCUUUGAUGGUGAGCGUUGCCUCUAUGGGGCGCUGAGUGAUGCCAUCCGCCGGGCUCUGCGGGACUACAGGCAGGUUACGGCCUCCUGCAGGAGGCACGACUACUACGACGACUUCUUGCAGCGGCUCCUGGAGCAGGGCAUCCACAGCGACGUGGUCUUUGUGGUGCAUGGAAAGCGAUUCCGGGUGCACCGCUGCAUCCUAGGCGCCCGCAGCACCUAUUUUGCCAACAUGUUUGACACCAAGUGGAAAGGAAAGAGCAUGGUGGUCCUCAGGCACCCCCUGAUCAACCCCGUGGCCUUCGGGGCCUUGUUACAGUACCUGUACACAGGCCACCUGGACAUUGGUGUGGAGCACGUCAGUGACUGUGAGCGCCUGGCCAAGCAGUGCCAGCUGUGGGACCUGCUCAGCGACUUAGAAGCCAAAUGUGAGAAGGUUUCUGAGUUCGUGGCAUCCAAGCCGGGCACAUGUGUGAAGGUGCUGACCAUCGAGCCCCCGGCCACCGACCCACGGCUGCGGGAGGACAUGGUGCUGCUAGCUGACUGUGCCCUUCCCCCUGAGCUGCGCGGUGACCUUGGGGAGCUGCCCUUCCCUUUCCCUGAUGGCUUCAACAGCUGCCCGGAUGUCUGCUUCCGCGUGGCUGGUUGCAGCUUCCUCUGCCACAAGGCCUUCUUCUGUGGCCGCAGCGACUACUUCCGGGCCCUGCUGGAUGACCACUUCCGGGAGAGUGAGGAGCCCGAGGCCUCGGGGGGUCCCCCAGCUGUCAGCCUGCAUGGCAUCUCGCCCGAGGUCUUCACGCACGUGCUCUACUACGUGUACAGUGACCACACUGAGCUGUCCCCAGAGGCAGCCUACGAUGUGCUGAGCGUGGCCGACAUGUACCUGCUGCCCGGCCUGAAGCGGCUGUGCGGCCGCAGCCUGGCGCAGCUGCUGGACGAGGACAGCGUGGUGGGUGUGUGGCGCGUGGCCAAGCUCUUCCGCCUGGCUCGGCUGGAGGACCAGUGCACGGAGUACAUGGCCAAGAUCAUAGAGAAGCUGGUGGAGCGUGAGGACUUUGCCGAGGCAGUGAGGGAGGAGGCAGCGGCUGUGGCGGCCCGGCAGGAGACGGACUCCAUUCCGCUGGUCGAUGACAUCCGCUUCCAUGUGGCCAGCACAGUACAGACCUACAGCGCCAUCGAGGAGGCGCAGCAGCGGCUGCAGGCCCUGGAGGACCUGCUCAUGUCCAUUGGCCUGGACUGCUGAGUCCCCGGGGCAUGUGUUCGUGUGCUUGUGUGUGCGUGCGCAUGUCUGCAGCUCUUCCUGCCCCUUGCACGUGGGUCCUAAGGUGGAGGGGUCUCCUUGCCCCAUGUGCCCUUGGGGACCCCAGGGAUCUCCUUGGGACGAGCCUUCUCCUGCAGCACCCAAGACGGCCACGCCCUAGCUGAGCACCACUCAGGGAACUGGGCGGGGAGCCCCCCACACCGCCUCCCACCUGUGGGCCCUGGCCGGCUCAGUGCCGGCUCACAGGUAUGGCCAGCAGGAGGGGCAGCACCUUCAUGUGGCAAUAAAGCUUGUGUUCACUGUGGCCUGAGUCUGU